UUAUUCCUUUUACAAACAAGAUGGAUACUAAAUGGAUAGAAURCAAGUGUAAAUCAGGACAGACUCUGUAUUACUACAACAAAGUGACAGGAGAACGCAAGUGGCCUUGUGCCGUGAUUGGUCAGCCAGUCAUCAACAAAGACUUGUGUACACAGACAGAUAUUGGUUGUCCUUCCAGUUUAAGGCAAACCACAGAAACAACACCUCAACAAAAGCCAUUCGUUUUCCUUGCAGAAGAUGUUAAAGAUGAAGAAGACAGUAGCAUAGAUGGAGAUGGAAUUAUUGAUGCAAUGUUGAAAGUUCUUGAGAAAAUAACUGAUGGAAAUGAAGCUGAACAUUUGGUAGAGAUUACAAGUGACAAAAGCAAUGAAACAACAGAUAAAUAUGUCAACAAUAAAGAUAGUGAUGAGAAUAUGGAAAGUGUACUUCAAGAAGGAGAAGGGAAUGGGAUGGGAAAUGACAACAACAAUGAAGCAACAAAUACCUCUGUUAGCAAUAAAGAUAGUGAUGAGAAUAUGGAAUGUGUACUUCAAGAACAAGAUGGAAAUGGCACUGAAUGUUUGGUUGUGUUUACAAGUGACGACAUUAAUGAAGCAACAGAUAUCUCUGUUCAUAACAAUGGUCAGAAGGAGAAUGCUUUGUCUACAGUGAAAGAAAACAAAAUUCAUUUUAAGUGUACUUAUUGCAGCAAGAAAUUUACCAACAAAUAUAAUUUGAAUAUUCACAUAAGAAUACACACUGGAGAGAAACCUUAUGAAUGUUGUUACUGUAAAAAGAAAUUUACACGAAGGGCACAUUUGCAAAGUCACGUAAUAUUGCACACCGGAGAGAAAGCAUUUGAAUGUUCUUAUUGCCAAAAAAGAUUUGCCCAUAAGACCACUUUAAGAACCCACCUAUAUACGCACACUGGAGAGAAGCCUUAUGAAUGUUCCUUUUGCAACAAGAAAUUUGCAAAGACAUCACAUUUGACAGCUCAUGUAAGAACACAUACCGGAGAAAAACCUUUUGAGUGUUCUUAUUGUGAAAAGAAAUUUGCACAGACAUCACAUUUGUCAAAUCAUCUAAGAACACACAUGGGAGACAAACCCUUUGAAUGUUCUCACUGCAAAAAGACAUUCUCAACUAAGAAUGGUUUAAAGCAACAUUUGAGAAUACACAGUGGAGACAAACCAUUUCAAUGUUCUCACUGCAAAAAGACAUUCAGAACUAAGAAAGGUUUAGAGCAACAUUUGGAAAUACACAUUGGAGAGAAACCAUUACAAUGUUCAUACUGCAAAAAGAAAUUCUCACAAAUGUCAAAUAUGAAACGUCACCACCAAAGGUCACAUACUAGAGAGAAGCCCUUUGAAUGUUCUAAUACUGCAAAAUGAGAUUUAUAUUAUAUGAUUUAUAUGAGAUUUAUUGUUGUUGUUUCUUUUACAAGAAUUUAUUACAAGGAGCAUCCAUGGUGUGUAUUGGGUUUGUCGACAGGAUUUCAUAGACGUGUCUGUUGUAGGAUUGUUUUCGACCAAUUAGCAAUCACUUCCGGUGUUUCGUGCUCACUGAAAUCCGUGAACCAAAAUAAAGAAAUAUCGCGAAUGACAGUCAAAGCGAAUUACUCUCGACCUUAAUGUAAGGUACAGAAAGCUGGAUACCACGUACCGUACAGGAAGAGAAGAGACUAACAGCAUUACCCACCAGAUGUCUUCUAUCACCACAAGAAUAAAAUGUACUCAGUUGAGCCACUCACUUCCCCUAUAUAAACACGCACCAUUGUACAAAGGAUAUUUUUAUGUUUUAUGCAUUUUGUUGUUUUUUUUCUAAAAUAUCAUGAUAGGUGAAAAUAAUUUUUUUAAAAAAGAUUUUGAUUGACCUGAAAUAUUGAAGACAUUUAGACGUCUUGCUCACUUAAUUUUAUUCCUAGUUAAAUGUUUCAGAGCCUUAGGAAUGUCCUUUUUUAUAUAUUUAACAAUUAUUCAC